ACAGGGAGAAAGAAACAGAUUGAGAACGGGAAGAGGAAUGAAAAUACAUCAAACAUAAAUAAAGCGAAAUCAAAGCAAUAGGAUAGAUUGAGAGAAAGGAGAAAGAAGAAGAGAAAGACCUUAAAAAGGGAUAGGGACAGGGAGAGAGAAAGAAGAGAAAAAUAAAGUAGGGGGAGUGUGCAGUUGACUUGAGAGAGAGGGAAAGGGAGAAAGGGCGAGAGAGAGAGAGAGAGAGAGAGAGAGAGAGAGAGAGAGAGAGAGAGAGAGAGAGAGAGAGAGAGAGAGAGACCAGCCGCCGGCCCAUUUAGGAAAGAUGGCUACAGUCACUGCAAACGGAGUGCAGCAAGAGAAUGGAUUCAGCACCACGAACAGCGCCGCCAGGAUGAACGGGCUCACAAUCGGCCAGAACACCAUUCCAAUGAAGGACCACGACGCCAUCAAGCUGUUUAUCGGACAGAUUCCCAGAAACCUGGAGGAGAAAGAUCUGAAGCCCCUUUUUGAGGAAUUCGGAAAGAUAUACGAACUCACUGUGCUGAAAGACAGGUUUACGGGAAUGCAUAAAGGAUGUGCCUUUCUAACGUACUGCGCCAGAGAGUCAGCACUGAAGGCCCAGAGCGCCCUCCAUGAACAGAAGACUCUGCCAGGGAUGAACCGGCCCAUCCAGGUGAAGCCAGCCGACAGCGAAGGACGAGGAGAAGACAGGAAGCUGUUUGUGGGGAUGCUUGGGAAGCAGCAGAGCGAGGAGGACGUCCGGCGGCUCUUUGAGACCUUCGGCCAGAUCGAGGAGUGCACCGUCCUGAGAGGGCCUGAUGGGGCCAGUAAGGGCUGUGCCUUUGUCAAGUUCUCCAGCCACGCAGAAGCACAGGCGGCCAUCAACAGCCUGCACGGCGGACAGACCAUGCCAUGUGGGUAUCCCCAGGGGGCGUCCUCCAGCCUGGUGGUGAAGUUUGCCGACACGGACAAGGAGCGGACCCUGCGUAGGAUGCAUCAGAUGGCGGGCCAGCUCGGCAUCUUCAGCCCCAUGACCAUCCAGUUUGGGGCCUAUGGCGCCUACUCUCACGCUGUAAGUCUCGGCUCCACGGGGGAGGAGACGCAGAUGAUGCAACAGCAAGCAGCGUUAAUGGCGGCGACCCAGAACUCGUAUCUGAACCCCAUGGCAGCCAUCGCUGCGGCACAAAUGCAGCAAAUGGCAGCUUUCAACGUCAACGGUCUGGUGGCUGCCCCAAUGACACCCUCCUCAGGCACCAGCACGCCACCGGGUAUCAAUGCCACAGCUUUGCCCAGCCUAGCAGCGCCCAUGGGGGUCAACGGGUUCGCAUCCCUCCCGCCCCAGACCAACGGUCAGCCUAACAAUGAGCCAAUAUACACUAAUGGGAUCCACCCCUACCCAGGUGAGACAGCCAAUGGGAUUCACCUCUACUCAGCACAGAGUCCUACAGUGACUGACCCUCUCCAGCAGGCUUACGCCGGUGUGCAGCACUAUGCAGCAGCCUACCCUGCCGCCUAUGCACCAAUCAGUCAAGCGUUCCCCCAGCAACCCACCAUCAUCCCCCAGCAACAGAGAGAAGUUUGUUGUUGUUAUUUCCCACCAGGGCCGGAAGGCUGCAACCUGUUUAUUUACCAUCUGCCCCAGGAGUUUGGAGACGCAGAAUUAAUGCAAAUGUUCCUGCCUUUCGGCAACGUCAUCUCCGCCAAAGUCUUCGUGGACCGGGCGACCAAUCAAAGCAAGUGUUUUGGCUUUGUGAGUUUCGAUAACCCGUCCAGUGCCCAGGCGGCUAUCCAGGCCAUGAAUGGUUUUCAGAUAGGCAUGAAGCGGCUGAAGGUGCAGCUGAAGCGGCCAAAGGAUGCCAACCGACCUUACUGACCCCUUUGCCGUCCACAUCCAGGAUGAAGGGCCACAACACCUUAUUUCCACAAGUGCAGUAUAAAGUACAAAGACUUCUUGCUCUGCUACAUAUCAUGAAAGAAGGGUGGUCCCUUGAUUCUGCUGGAAGAAUAGCUGGAGAAGAUUGGGUGACUGAGGAGGAGAAGGAACCCGGAGAUUCUUUUUUAAUUUUUUUUUAGCAAAUGCCUCUUUUCCCUGUUUUGCUUUGGCGUCUGUGGAAGAGGAUUUUUUGCAGAGACCAACUUUUUGCUGCUGUUUUUUAAACAAGAUGGAAAACCUUUAUAGACACAUUAUGCUCAAAGCAUGCAAACUGACACCGAUAUAUAUAGACAUUAACACACUCUUACCAAACAAACAUGCAUACAUACAGGCCAACACACACACACACACACACACACACACACACACACACA